GGCUCUCGUACCUGGGAACCCGAUACUCUUCCUUUGUCUCCAGUCUCUAAGUUGGUUCGUCAACCUGUCCAGUCUUUAUGACGACUUGUCCUACGUGGACGUCCAUACAGCCGGUAGAAAUUGAGCUAAAUGCGUAAUAACCAUCCUGAGUUAUCCUUACCAUUAUCUGGUGCAGUUCAGUGAUACGUGACAGAAUGCAAGCAAUGUUUGAUUAUUCUGAGGAUGAGUGUCCAUGGUAUCACUUCGAUAAUUCUUAUAAAACUUUGCUUGGAUCUUGUCUCAUUGUUUUUGGUGUAUCAGGGGUGCUGCUUAACGGCUGGUUGUUCGCCACGUUCGUGCACAGCCACCUUCUUGUGUUCAGGAGCCAUAUUCUGGUUCUCAACCUCUGCACGGCCUCUCUCGGAAGAAACCUGCUAGGUUUCCCUUUCGCCGGAGCUUCUGCUAUAGGAAAAAGAUGGUUGUUCACUCCAGCGUGCUGUCAAUUAUUUGCAUUCAUGAAUCAAUUCUUCGGUGUCUUCCAAAUGAACGCGCUGCUCGUCUUAGUCCUGGAAAGAUAUUUAUUAGCAAAAUACUACAGACGUGAGAUAACUCUCUAUCAGAGGUUCUACUGGUGGUAUGUAACAUUCUGUUGGACGUCAGCGUUAAUAUUCGCGACUCCUCCACUCUUCGGCUAUGGAGUAUACUCCUGUGACACCACGGGCACGGCUUGUGCCUUCCUCUGGCCGUCUAUGGCCUCUGGAGCGAAACAGCUGGGUUACAGUAUACCAUACGUCAUUGUUUGUGGGAUACUGCCAGUGAUAAUCAUAUUUUACUUCAUGGGAAAAGCUGUCCGUUUGGAAAAAAUAUACUACAGAGGUGAACAACAAAGAGAACAAAAACAACUUACUAGGAGUGUCCACGCCCUGGCAAUAGCGACUCUGGCUCUUUGGAUCCCCGCCGCUGUGCAGGCCGGUUGGCAGUGGCUGCCGUUGUUGGUACUCGGCUAUAGGCCUCACGUUCCACCUGCUUUGGCUCUCAUUGCCCCUAUUGCUUCUGAGGUGAGUAGGCCGCGACGUGUGUUCCCGUUCUAUGCUACAUAGCAGGAGACGAAAGACUCCGAGCGGCUUUGCUAGGUCGCAUGCGGAAGAACUACGCUCUCUUGCCGCCUGAACGCGCAAAGCUCUUCAACAGGUUCAAUCGUUAUUACAAACCAGAGUAAGAUCCACAACAGGCUCUACAGGCUGGCCCAAAAGUUUUUGGCUCCUCUUUCUCCCAAGAAAAAACUUUGGGCUCUAAAAUGACACGCCCAAGGUUGACGAGAAAACAAACCGCUCUGAUAGAGUAAUUGCCCAAGAUUUGUGCAGACAAUAUUAGUUUUGGCAAAGUUUGUAAGAGAUCAAAAAACCAACAUAUAGAAAUUGGUUUUUAUAUGCGUUUAAUAAAAGAUCAUUGAGGCA